GGGGGUUUCCAGGGUCUGUUUCCUAGUGGGAGAGGUGGCUAAAUGUUGGGGUACACCAUAAAACAUGCACUGUAAAAUCCCUGUAGUCUUCUACGCCUUUCCCUGCAGGCAAGAAAACGAGUCAUUUUCUUUGACAGGCAGUCUUUUCGUAAAGAAACGCUGCGCGAAGUACGCUUUUUGACCCAUAAAACCAUCCGUAGAUCUCGCGAUAUCGCGGUCGCGGGGACGCUGUCAUGGCCGCGCCUGUAUGAAAGCACGCGGUUCUGCGCUAGGGAAAAUGAUGGUGUAGCAGAAGCAGCGCUUGUGAAAUAUUGACUACGUUAGUCAUUUGAAAGUGUUUCCGUGGAAAGCAAAAUGAAUAACAGAGCAGGUUCCUUUUUAUGGAAUCUCAGACAAUUCAGUACUUUAGUUCCAACAAGCAAGACCAUAAGACUGUAUUCUUUGGGACUUUGCAGACCAAAAAUCAUUUAUUCAAGCUGGAACUUAAGAAAUCUUCUGUUAAACAACUUGGAUAACAGUAUGCUAUCAUCUAUUAGAUAUCUUUUUCAGUAUGCCUUAAUAUUUAAACCAGGAGGUGAUGAUUUUCAAAGAAAGGGUAUAAGAACUCUAGCAGUCCUUUCAGCUGAGAGGCUACUUUGUCCUAGAAAACUGUCCUUUGACUCAAAGCACUCUGUUUUCUCUGAUGAAGAAUUGAAGAAAAUAAAUUUGCAUCAUGAAAACUCCGAUAAAGGUGUUCUCAUCAAGGAAACAAGACCACCCACAGUCACAGUUAGUAAAUUGUGUCGGGAGUGUAAUUCCCUUAGUGAUGUGUUAGAUUCAUUUUCAAAAGCACCUACAUUUCCUAGUAGUAACUAUUUCUCAGCAAUGUGGACCAUUGCCAAAAGGAUGUCCAAUGACCAGAAGCGCUUUGAAAAACAACUGAUGUUUAACCACCCUGCGUUUAACCAGCUGUGUGAACACGUGAUGAGAGAAGCCAAGAUCAUGCGCUAUGACCACCUGAUGUUCAGUUUUCUUGCUGUAGUGAAGCUUGGAAUCCCUCAGAACACUCUGCUGGUACAGACUUUGCUGAGGGUGGUCCAGGAACGUAUCAAUGAGUGUGAUGAGAAAUGUCUUUCAGUUUUGUCAGCUGUUUUAGAGGCAAUGGAGCCAUGCAAGAAUGUGGAUGUUCUUCGAGCAGGACUGCGGAUCCUAGUUGAGCAGCAAGUUUGGAAUAUAGAACGUGUUUUCACAUUACAAGCUGUGAUGAAAUGUAUUGGAAAAGAUGCACCAGAUUCUCUAAAAAAGAAACUGGAGAUGAAAGCCUUGAGAGAAUUAGACAGAUUUUCUCUUUUGAAUAGCCAGCGCAUGUUUGAGGUACUAGCUGCCAUGAACUACCGUUCUGUUGUACUUCUGAAUGAAUGCAGUAAAAUGGUGGUAGGUAAUAUCCAUGGGUGUCCUUUAAAAAUAUUACUCAACAUAUUGCAGUCUUGCAGAGACCUCCGAUACUAUAAUGUAGAUCUUUUCAAGGGAAUAGCAGAUUAUGUGACUACAACUUUUGACAUCUGGAAGUUGAAACAAGUUCUUUUUCUCCUCAUUUCAUUCGAAAACCUUGGCUUUCGACCUGUUGCAUUGAUGGAUUUGGUCAUGAAGAGAGUGGUGGAUGAGCCUGGCCUCCUAAACGCGAAAAGCGUCAUCUCCCUUCUCCAUGUGUACUCUUCUCUCAGUCACUUCAACAAAUGCCAAACCCAGGCGUUCCUAGAAGUUAUGACUAGUGCUCUGACUGGUUAUCUACACCACAUCUCUUCUGAAAACCUGUUGUGCGCUGUGUGUUCAUUUUGUUCAAUGAAUCAUUUUCCUCUGGCCCCUAUUAAUCAACUUCUCAAAAAGGACAUUAUCAAGGAGCUACUGAUGUCAGGUGACGUGGAGAGGAAUGUUCGGAUGCUUCGUAUUUUGGAUAGUUGUCUAAAACUUGAUGAGGCUCCUUACCACAAAGCUAUAGACCUAGAACUGCCACAGCUGCCGGCCCCAGCCCCACAUUCAAAUGUGAAGGUUGCCAACGUGCUCAGCAGUCUUCUGGGAGAAGGGUGCUUCUCACAAAAUGUCUGGUUGCCACACAAUUAUCAUAUUGAUUUUGAAAUUAGAAUGGAUACUAACAGGAAUAAGGUGCUUUCAUUUUCUGACACGGAUGUCAUCGCUUCUACAAAUAUUGAAAGAAUAGCUGUACUGUGUGUUCCUAGAUCUGUCUACUGUUUGGAUUCCACCCAUCCCAGAGGAUUCCUUGCUGUAAAAAUGCGGCAUUUGAAACUUAUGGGCUUUCGUGUGAUCUUGAUCAAUAAUUGGGAGAUGGAAAAGCUAGAGAUGAAGGAGGCGAUCACAUUUUUGAAGACUGAGAUCUAUUCGUCCAAAACCCUUCCUACUGUUGAUGUAAAUUUGCAAAGCACAUGUUAAAGUAAAAAGCAACCUUUUCAUGUUUGAAGACAUGCACUUGUAAAAUAACUUCAAUAAAGACUACAAUUCAGUCAGUAAGAUUCACUUGACUACUCACCAUAACAAAAGGUGUUACUUUGGUUCAUCGUUAAAAUUAAUUUUAAGAAUGGAAGAAAUAUUACUGGCAUUUUUUGGAAUAUGCUGCGAAAAUUCCAGAAGUUUCAUUUUUCUAACCAUAUCUAUUCUCUCUAAUACCCAGAUAAUUGACAAAUUAAAGAGCUGCAGGGUUUACUUCUCAUUAGCUUUGAGCUUUGGCAUUUGAUGUCUUACUUGUGAUGGACUGUAGGUAAGUUGGUGUGGGCAGUCCUUAUUUUGGAAUCUGCAUGUUUAUACUCUUUUUAUAAACUUCUAGGACACAGGUAUUGAUCCCAUUUUCAAACAUUAGUCACAUUGACCAGGAACUCAAAUUGUAGCAUGUAUAGAAACAGCAUUCUAGGUGGAGGUGGUUUGUGGACCGAACUAAGAGAAACAUAAAUGAGCUAAUUCAUGACAGAGAGCCCAAAUUUACUAAAACUGAUAGAUUGUGGGGUGUUAAUACCAUAACUCUUGCCACUGUUGAGGUCAUUUCUUUUUCCCCCCUUCCCUUCCUACCUUUUCCACCGUCAUUUCAUGAAAUCUAAAAUAAAUAGCUGAACGAUGUUGUGAGUUCUAUCUGAGAAUUACUUUUCAAUUAUGUUCAUUCUUUUGUUGAAAUAUUUGUUUAUUGUACAUGUGUCUAUCUAAUAUUUAACUCAAGUUAUGAAUAAGCGUGGUCACUCAUAAAAUUGAGUGCCAUGUAAGUUGAUGUUAUUUUUACCCCCAUGAAAAAAGAUGAAUGUCUAUAUCCCCCCAGAAUUUGCAUGUUGAAGCCUAACACCCAAUGAGAUGGAAUUUGGGAGAUGAUUAGGUCAUGUGGGUGGAGACCCUGUGAGUUGGAUUGCAUACAAUGCUGUUGUGAAACUAACCUCACAAAGCUGUGGUAGACCUUGUCGCUGCUGCCAUCUGAGAAGAUGGCCAUCUAUGAACCAGGAAAGGAAUCCUUCCCAGAUGCCCAGUCUACCUACACAUUGCUUUUAGACUUUCCAAACUCCAGAACUAUGAGAAAUUUCUUUUGCUUAAUAGAUUACUCAAUAAAUGACACUCUGGGGCCUCCCCGGUGGUGCAAUGGUUGAGCACUGGGUUGCGAAGCUGCCUGCAGCCUCUGCAGCACCAGUUUGAUCCCCGGCCGCCGUUUGAGGGUCCCACAUGACGUGCAGACCUCUCCUGCCAUCCGUGGCUCCCCUCAGCAGUGUAUUUCAUCACUCUGCCUGCUCUGCUCCCCGCUCUGGCUCUGGUGAAUUCUCUCACCCUCCCGCUCCUCUGACUGUACCCCAGUGCUUGUGUGAAUAAAUAAAUAAAUCUUAAAAAAUAAAUAAAUAAAUGACACUCUGUUAUAGCAUCCUGAAUAGACUAAGAUACUCCAAAUACAUGGACAUGCAAUUACUAGCCAUCUUAUAUCUACCAGGUACUCUUUUAAGUAUUCGCAUGUACUCUCUAUUUUCUUUUUUGAGGAGUAGCUGCUAUUAUGAUUCUCUCUUGGCUGUCGCUUCCUUAUCUCUAAUAUGAGCAUUUUUUGCCCAAGAUGACACAGGAAGUCAGGACUAGUUUGAACCUGAGCUGACAUAGGCUUAUGAGAAAAGUAGUUGAGGAACCUAAGUUGACAAUUAAAAAAAAACUCCAGCAAUGUGACUGCAACUGUCAGGUUUUACCAGCUUAGCCAGCCUGCAUUUAGAAAAGGUUAGACUGCAACAGAAAUUUUGCUGUCAGUUAAUCCACAUCCUCAUUUUAUGGAUGAGGAAGUUAAGGCUCAAAGAAUUUGAUUCUUCUGAAGUCCCAGCUAUGUCAUUGGCUUCCACAUCAUUUCAUCUCCUCUUCAGCUUGUUUCCCACUCUAGUUCCAGGUUGGACGUCAUUUAGUUUUGGAGAUUUAACCCAAUGAUUUAACCCCUAGAAGCUUCAGAACAAGAGUUAAAAAUAUGUUAUUUAUGGACACAUUUAUAAAUAUGCAUAACUACAUUUUGGUGAAGUAGUUUUCUUGAAUUUGUACCAUUUGGCAUGGUAGAGAAACAGACUACAGUUUUACUACUACUACUAGUGUUAGCAUUCCUCCCGUAGUAUUAUAAAAAUGUCUUAUGAGAUCCAAGGUACAGUGAAGGAGAAUAGUUUAACAAAAUAUUUCUUCUCAUGAUUAUUAAAUAUAAAGUUUUUUUUAAACUUUUUUUUUUAAGAUUUAUUUUUAUACAAGAACUGGAGUACAGGUCAGAAGCGCAGGAGGAUGAGAGAAUUCACCAGAGCUAGAGUGGGGAGCAGAGCAGGCAAAUGGACCGAAGACACUGCUGAGGGGAGCAGCGGGUAAGGCAGGAGAGAUCUGCUGUGCCAUGUGGGAUUCUCCCUGGCCGGCGGGGAAUCGAAUCGGUGCUGCAGGGACUGCGGACAGCUUCACAGCUCAGCGCUCAACCGCUGCACCACCGGGGAGAUCCUAAAUAUAAAGAUUAAUCGGCCCUAAGGACUCUACCAGAAACCUACUUGAGCUAAGAUAUGAAUUUAGAAAGUGGCAGAGUGAAAAUCUUUUGUACAAAAAUCUGUUGUAUUUCUAUAUACUAAUAAAGAACUAUGGAGAGAAAUUAAAAAGACAAUCCAAUACACAAUUACAUCAAAAAGACUAAAAUAUCUAGGAAUAAAUUCAACCAAGGACAUGAAAGAACUGUAUACUUAAAACUAAAAGACAUUAAUAAAAGAAAUAGAAGACACAAGAAAUAUAUUUCGUAUGUAUGGAAUAAUGCUGAUUAAAAUGUCCAUGCUAUCCAAAACAAUGUGAUUAUUACCAAAAUUCCAAUGACAUUUUCCAUAUAAAUUGAGCAAAUAAUCCUAAAAUUUAUAGAAAGUACAAAAGUUUAUAGAAAUAGCUAAAAUAGUAUUGGGGAAUGCACCCCCAUGUUGAUUGCAGCACUGUUGACAAUAAUCAAGACUUGGGAACAACAUAAUGUCUGUCUAUAAAUGAAGGAUGAAAAAAAUGUGGGGUGUAUGUCUGUGUAUGUGCACACACAAUGGAAUAUUAUUCAGCCACAAAAAAUGAAAUCUUGCCAGUUGUGUUAUGGAUGGAACUUGAGGGCAUUAUUUUAAGUGAAGUGAGUUAAAGAAAGACAAGUGCUGUAUGAAUUCACUUACAUGUGAAAUCUAGAAAAGAACCAAGCUCAGAUACAGAGAACAUAUUGGUUGCAGAGGUAGGUCUUGGGAGGUGAAAAAAAGGGGUGAAGGUGGUCAAAAGUUGCCAACUUUUCAUUAUAAAGCAAGUCACGGGAUGUAAGACAGAAUGGUGACUAAAUAAUAGCUAUUAAUGGUAUAUAUUUGAAAAUUUCUUAGUAGAUCUUAAAAGUUUACAUCACGCAUAUAAUUUGUAACUAUAUUGGUGGAUGUUUUAGCUGGAGUUAACUAGUAGUCAUUUUACAAUAUGUAUUGAGUCAUAAUGUAUGCCUGAAACUAAUACAAUGUUAUAUUUCAAUUAUAGCUCAAUGUAAAAAUUUUAUUCCCCACUCUAGUAGAAUAUAUUGAUAGUCUCCUUUUCUGGCAUUUAUUAAAUUGACUCUCAGAAAAGCCCAACACAACCCCAGUUUGAGCUUGUAGGCCUAUGUGUCACACAAUGAGAGAAGGUCAAUAAAUAAAAAGUGGGAGUUUACAAAUAUAAAUUCUGACUUUGACCAAAUCACAAGAGUCUUAGUACCACUGUGUCCUUUUUUUGAAGAAAAAAUAAACUAGCAAUUUACUGUAUUAAGUAAAAGUAUUUUGAGAUGUUGAUGUAUAUGCUUUUGUGGUAAUGUUGGUGAGUCACUUUGUGAAAGAAAUUCGGUGAUUGAAAAAGAUUUGAGUUUUUGAUGUGUAAUUCUGUGUCCUGACUGAGCUUUUUAUCUGUAAAUUUUCGGAGUACUGUUAAGAUUA